UCGUCCGUGUAUAAAAAGAAUUGUAUCUCUUUCAAAACAACCUGCUAGUUGAUAACUGCGAUACUUGAAGAAAUGGCUCUAGUGAGAACCCUUAGCAUUGACAAUAACUUCAUUCCGUGGCUGUUGUGGAGACCAGCGAGAAAGGCGGGGGAAUCACCGCCGGAUAAUUUCACAUUCGAUGGGCCACAGGUGGUGGCGUUUCAUUUCGUGGCCAAUUGGCACGGUGACAACCUGAACAAGUGGAAAACCCUAAUCGAUAAGGUGGCACAGCAGUUCGCCGGACGGGUUCUCUUCGGCCUGAGAGACAUUUCCAGCAUAGCGCAGUUCAAUAGUAAUUUAAAUCCGGAAGACUUUGGCAGCUACAGGAAGGGAUUGCCCCCGCGGAUCUAUGGCAAGGAUUGCGAGGGCCGAGUCUACGAAAUGCACAAGCUGUUCAGCGCGAAGUACUUGAUAGAAUUUUGCGACCAACUGCUGAAGGAGCAACUCUUCCAGGCCGUGGUCGUGGGUCCCACUGCUGCACAGGAUUCAGCGCCAAGGAACUACUUCGAACUCCGGGAACAGGCUAGCGGCGACAUGCUGGUGAUGCUCUACGACCCUGCCUGCUACUACUGGCCCAUCCAGCAGCGGAUGCUGCGCAAACUGGUCCGCCUUCUCUCCAGCGAGGAUCUGCCAAUUGUGGUCGUAGACAAGGCGAACCAAUACCUGGGCGUGGGCUUCAACCGCUGGCUGCAGAUAGUCAACUGUCACGGCUCUACCAUUUUCUCCUCGCCACGUCGCGAUGGCUGGGACAUUAAGCUGCAAACGCGGCUGGAGAGCACUCGUGGCUAUCUGCGCUACAUUGCCCGGAACAGGCAACCGGAACUGAGGGACUAUGACGGCGAUGGGGAGCCCAGGGGACCAGAACAUGCCCUAGAGUUCAUUAAAUGUUUAUUUUAGACCUAGCAUUUAUUAAUCGUAAGUCGUAGACAAAAUUAUUAAUACAAUUUAAAUUCAUUAGUUUUAUGCAUCGAAGGUUUUUUUAUGAAACUAGUUUUCCACCUAUAUAUUAGUGAAAAAAUUAAGACGUAGGCUUUAUAAGUCAACUAAUGGUCUAUAUCGGAAUGGUAUACCAUAAAAGUACUAAAUUUUUAGGAUACAUUACAUUUUCAAUUUCAAAUUACAUUUAAAAUGCAUUUAAAAUAUAUAUAAAAAAUGUUGUUAACUUUUGUAAGAACUGAUUUUCAAAGGAAGUUAUAAUUUAUCUUUGUUUAUUCUUAUCUUUGAAAAGAUACAAAUACAUGAAUGCUUUUUGGAUGUACAUUAGGGUAGU